CCAUAAUAAAUAGAGGGGUAAUCCGGUAAAAUAAAAAGUCGAGAAAGUUGCAAAAGAGGACCAACCUUCAUAACGAGUCCAACAACUCCUAUGCAAUUUGCGAAGAUUUGCGAGGAUGUUCAUGCCGGCAAUCUCCAGAGGAUAAUUGGGACAACUAGCAACUACUUGGUGUGCUUUGGGGAUUGUGUGCUUUGGGGAUUUAGAACAUAACCGGAUUACAGAAUGAAGGGCCGUGUAAGAUGGAAUGAGGAUAAUCUUGGGGAAAUUGAAGCAAAUAAACCCGUGAGGCAGAAAAUAACUGAACCGAAGACACCAUAUCACCCUACUAGUAGUUAUAAUGAUGAUGGAUCUGUUUCUCCUGGAAGGGGUAGUUUUGAGGAUUGCACCGUUGAUGCUGUGCAUGCAGAUGCAAUACGUUCUGCUUUGAAUGAUGUGGGUUCUUCCAGUGGGGGCGAAAACUCCCAGGUAUGCGGUGGCUGGACGUCUUCUGAGGAUGAGGCAGAUCCUUUGGAUCAUGAUGAAGUUCUGUCUGAUUCUGAAUCGGAUAGGAACAGCUUGAGUUUUAGGGAGCAUAGGCGAGCUCAUUAUGAUGAAUUCCGGAAAGUGAAAGAACUCAGGCGAAAAGGUUCCAUGCUUGAAGAUGCAUCCGAUGAGGAUGAUGAGAAAAAAAAUGGAAGGACCAAUCACUCAUCAUCGUCGGUAACAGAUGGUGUGAAAGAUACAAACAUUUAUGGCAGUGAUGAUGUUACUCAUCGACCUCCUCCAACUAAUGGAGCUUAGAAGCUCAAUCCAAAUAACAUUCUAUAGUGAUGAUAUGUUUUUGCGGCAUUCUUGUUACAGUUUUAUAUGCUAAUCAGGCACAAAUACUAUGACUUUGAAUUUGUAUCUUUCUAAAUGCUUUUUUGCUUGUAAAUAUGCACAUCUCAUUUAUGCCAUGGAUUCUCUUAA